AUUUGAUAGAUGAAAAUCUCUACUAAAAAAAAUAAAGUUAAAUUGUCAUUUAGCGCCAUGACAUGUUGAUUGAAAUAAACAUCUGUUUGUUUUUGGAGUAAUCAACUUGUUGGUUGUUACUCCAACAUAAUUUUUGAUUACGUGUGUGAUCUGCACGUUGAUUAAAUAUCAAAAAAAAUAUAAUUAUUUAAUGAAAAUUAAGUUUCAAACCAAUCUAGAAAAUUGUGAAAACGUCUACUCUGAGUCUGGUAAAAACUGGUCUGAUAAAUUUUAUAAAAAGCAUAUAUAAUCAACAACAUGGAGCUACAGUGUGCUAUACAAAAUUAUCAUUGGGGAAAAAAAGGUUUAUUAAGUAGUGUUGCAAGAUUAAUUAAAGCAUCAAAUCCAAAUAUUGCUAUUGAUGACAAUAAACCAUAUGCUGAAUUAUGGAUGGGAACACAUCCAAGUGGUCCAUCAUCAAUUAGAAAAACAAAUGAAUCAUUGGUUGAAUUUAUCAACAAUAAUAAUGAUGUACUUGGUGAUGAAGUUAAAAAAACAUUUGGUGAUUCAUUGCCAUUUUUAUUUAAAAUAUUAUCAAUAGCAACAUCAUUGUCUAUUCAAGCUCAUCCAGAUAAGAAAAGAGCUGAAAUAUUAAAUAAACUUCAGCCAAAUGUUUACAAGGAUCCAAAUCAUAAACCAGAAAUUGCAAUUGCAUUGACUAAAUUUGAGGCACUUUGUGGUUUUCGUCCUGUAUCAGAAAUACAAUAUUUUUUAAAAUCAGUACCAGAAUUAUGUAUGGUUAUUGGUGAUGAUAUUGCCAAUGAAUUUAUUGGUUCUGAUGAGGCUAAUUGUAGAAUUAAUUUACGUAAAUGUCUUGAGGGUCUUUUGACACAUCAUGCUGAUUCAACAGCUGAUAGAUUGAAAAAUUAUUUGGAGAGAUUAAGACAAAUGGAUGAGUGUAGUAGAGAAGAAAUGAAUGCUCAUUUAUUUGAACGACUUCAUGCUGAUUUUCCAGGUGAUGUUGGUUGUUUUGGAAUAUAUUUUUUCAACUAUGUUACUUUGAAACCUGGUGAAGCUAUUUAUUUAAGUCCAGAUGAACCACAUGCUUAUCUCAGUGGUGAUUGUGUUGAGUGUAUGGCUUGUUCAGAUAAUGUUGUUCGUGCUGGUUUAACUCCAAAAUUAAAAGAUGUACCAACACUUGUUGAAAUGUUAACAUACAAAUGUGAGCCUGGUUUUGAAAAAUAUUUUAAAAGUACAAAAAUUGAUGAAUUUACUGAAAUAUUUAGACCACCAAUUAAAGAUUUUGCUGUUGCUAAAAUUGAGAUUUUAUCUUCCACAACAACAUACACAUUAUCACCUCAAAAUUCAGCUGGUAUAUUGAUUAUUAUUGAAGGAAAAAUUCAAGUUAAUUCAAAUAUUUAUAAUGAAGGUUCUGUUUUGUUUAUCAAAUCAAAAGAACAAUUAAAUUUAAAAAUACUAAGUGAAAAUAAAAGAACCCUUAUGUUUGAAGCAUUUGCUAAUGUUUGAAAACAAACAAAU